AUGUGGGAUGGGAAGGAUGAUGGAAGGAGCUCCUCAGAAGAGAGAAGAGCAACGAAGAAUUUGUGCUUGCAUCAAUCAAGAAAAAAAGUCAGAAAGGCAGUUUUGGACAAGUGUGGGAAUGAGACCCUAGAACUGAUUCCCAUUCUGGUAUUCCUAGAUAAAAAUGUGUGUAAAUUAUAUGGGAAAGAUUUCUCAACUGCUAGUAAUCUCAAAUUCAUUUUAAUAACUUACAUAUUAUGCAAUGUAUUUUUCUCUGUGGUCAAAAGUAAAAGUGUAGAAAACAAUAUGGAGUUUCCUCAAAGAAUUAAAAAUAGAUCUAUCAUAUAA